AUGGCUACUUCCACUCCACCACCAACACCACCCCAUGCGGUAAUUUUCCCUUUCAUGGCUCAAUGCCACACCAUUCCAUUGCUAGACAUAUCCAAGGCCUUGUCAAGCCGUGGCCUGAAAGUCACCGUCGUCACCACCCAGCAAAACGCACCGUUUAUAUGCUCCAAAGUUUCAGACUGCUCGUCAAUCUCCAUCUCCGUCGUGCCAUUUCCAAGAGUCCCUAACUUCCCUCGAGGCUGUGAGAACACCGCCAGCCUUCCUUCCAUGGAGCUCCUCGUUCCCUUCAUCGCAGCCACCAAAAAAAUGAAACAGCCAUUCGAAGCUCUUCUGAAGGAGAUGGUGGAAAAUGGUUCCCGCCCAAUUUGCGUAAUCUCCGACUUCUCUCUCAGUUGGACGCUCGACAAGUGCCGCUCUUUUGGCAUUCCACGUGUUGUGUCGCAUGGGAUGGGGGUGCAGCCCAUGGUUGUUCUUAAAACCGUUUCUUCUAUGGAUGUCCAACGUGAAUCGACGUCGGUUUCGGGUUCUGUAGUAGAGUUGCCCGAUUUGAGUCUUCCUUUCGCGUUGGAUAGAUCCGACUUACCGCCCCGGAGUGAUAACCCGGAGGAGGAUGACCCGUUUUCACGUGUGAUGUGGGAGGUUGAAGAGGCCGAUAGGAAUAGCUGGGGUGUGAUUGUGAAUAGCUUUCAGGAACUUGAAUGCGAGUACGUGGCUGCAUUGGAAUUUGGAAGUUUUGCACAAUCAGGCCAAGGCAUGGUGUGUGGGGCCCGUUCUGCUUUAUGA